AAAUCCACAAACACCGAACUAAAAAAAUGUCAACGCUUGAAACACAAGUCCAAAUCGUUUGGCGAAACGUAAUUUUAUUUAUCUAUUUACAUGUCGCAGCUAUCUAUGGCCUCUACUUCACUUUUACAGCCGCUAAAUGGCCCACAAUAUUGUUCACAUAUUUUUUAACAAUUAUCUCGACUCAAGGCACCGGAGCCGGUGUCCAUCGUUUAUGGUCCCAUAGGUCAUACAAGGCCAAACUACCCCUUCGUAUUUUACUCUGUAUAAUACAAACCCAUUGCCUCCAAAACCAUAUUUACGAAUGGGUGCGUGACCAUCGUGCCCAUCACAAGUUUAGUGACACCGAUGCUGACCCACAUAAUUCUACUCGGGGAUUUUUUUUCUCCCAUAUGGGUUGGUUACUAGUGCGCAAACACCCACAAGUCAAAAUUAAAGGCAAAUUGAUUGAUUUGAGCGAUUUAGAAGAGGAUCAAGUGGUCAUGUUUCAAAAAAAGUACUACUUGAUUCUUGCCCCAUUUUUCGCGUUUUUAUUACCAGCAUGGGUACCAUGGUACUUCUGGGGUGAAGAUUUACAUGGUUCAUGGUGCGUGGCUAGUAUGCUACGGUACGCUUUGAGUUUGCACGGAACAUGGCUGGUUAAUAGUGCUGCCCAUAUGUGGGGUACUCGCCCAUAUGACAGGAACAUUAAAGCGACCGAAACCAAUGUCGUGUCGUACAUUACCAACGGGGAAGGGUUCCAUAAUUACCAUCACACUUUUCCAUGGGACUAUAAAGCAGCUGAACUUGGUAGUUAUUGGGGAAAUUGGAGUACCGCGUUUAUUGACUUUAUGACUAAAAUUGGAUGGGCCUAUGAUUUAAAAAUAGUACCACCUGAACUGGUUGAAAAAAGAGCGAAAAGGACCGGUGAUGGUACCCAUAAAGUUUGGGGUUGGGGUGAUAAAGACAUAGAUAAGGAAGAAAUCGAAAUUGUUGAACGAAAUCGAGGAUAAAUUACUGUGAUUUUUUGUGAUAAACUUAUUUAUAAAACAUUUUUUACAAUAAAACAUAACUAAAAUAAUUAAAUUUUCCGACCAACUGCGCCAAUUCAAGAAUAAGGGUAAAUAAAACUCGUAAAGUUUUA